AUGACGUCACGAAUCAUCUGGAGCACGGCGAGAAAUGCCAUUUUGCUCACCGUGAUAUACUCCACCAUAAUCAAUGGCUUCCCAAUCAUUCGACACAACUCGAAUGAAAAUAGCACCGCCCAUGAGGCUUACGAUAUUGCAAGCUACAGUAGCAAGUCCAACAACCACUACCGUAUCCGACGUGAACUGGAUGAUACCUUCCGCACUGCAGUCAUCCGAAUGCAAAAGAUGUCUCGUGUCAUCAACGGAAUCGCCCUCCAACAAUCCAUCACCAAAGGAACCGUCGAAACUGACACUCUUAUCAUGGAACUACUCAAUUUCGGAACUAUCACCCCAGAUUAUAUUGUGAAGAUUCCAUUGGAUACGUUGAGUUCGGUGGUCAAAGAAGUUACGGGAUUAAGUGGGAAGUUGAAGAGUAACGAUGAGAUCAAACGGAUGGAGAAUCGGAUGUUGUUGAUUAGUUCUAUUGACAAGACUACUAGGAAUAUUACCACGUUGGAGACACCUGGAAACGAGUACCUCACGGCUGCAUCUAAUUGGACAGCGAGGAAUGUUGAUUUGUCAAAACUUGAUGAUCUCAUCAAAGCCUCUAUCGCCGUCGCAAAUGGAUUUGAGAAAAUGAACGGAAAUGUUCGGGCCGCUGAUAUUAGAACCUAUUUCGGUCUCAUGCCAACACUUGCCGUAGCGCUAAUUAACACCAAACUGGACGAAAUCAAGAGAAAUGUGGAAUCUGUUGAACUGAGGGAUCCGACAGCUCAUUUUGUGAAAUUGCUUUCGUUUCACAGUGCAGUCAAAUUGUUUGAAGAUGACUCGGAUAUCCAAAACUACAAAGAUACCAUUGAUGAUUCAAUUUUGAACACAAUUGGAGCUCACAUGAACUCAUUGACAGGAGUCAUAGAAAAUGUUAAAUCAAAUUUGUCUUCCUUUGAUGAACUCCAAACUUUUCUGGUCACUCGUCCUCGUAUACAUGGAGACAGAGCUUUGAAACAGACCCCUGGAUUCCCAAGUGGCUCUGCUGACAUCGACGCAAUUUCCAUUGCUCUCGACGAUUCAUGGGUCCAAUUAGCUGUCGAUAUUCAACAGAUUCCACUUGCUAAAUCUCUGGAGCAAUUGAAAACUGUAUCUCGACUCAUCAAUAGUGUUGCCAAUUCUUUUCAACAACGUCCCACCAAUGGAUUGCUGAAAAUUGAGGAGAUUCGUGCAAGUCUCCUGGCAUUUACCAAUAAUAAUCUCAAUUUCAAUCUGGUAGUUUCUAAACUAGACGAGAUUCAAGGCGCUGCGACGGAUCGAAAUGUAUUACCCAAGACUAGAUCCACGUUCAACACUCUCUAUCAGAAUAUUUUGAUGACAGCUGCCAACCUGAAAUCAAUUGAUGAAGUCAUCUCAGUAAUUAUGUCGAUUCAAGAAAAACAUUCAAACAAUUUUGAGGAGCUCACAAAAUUGAAUGUUCUCGUACCGGAUGAUAUGAUGCCAGCUGAACUCGACAAGUUGAAAAAUAUGGAAGUGUUCAAGGAUCUGAUGACUGCAUUCAAAACUCUGAAACCACACUUCGAUCGGUUCAAGGACACUGUUUCAAUAGAUAAAGAGGUCCAACAAAUUGAGACUGAUUUCAGUAAGACGAUAAACGACUACAUCACUGAUUCCACCAAGUUCUUGACAAUGCUUCAAAACCUUCACAAUAUACCCGAGCUGAAACUGGUGGACGACGCGAUCGGAGCCCUUCGGAAGUAUCGUGGAGUCUCCAUCGAAAGUUUUGAUCCAGUUGCAACAGAGAUCAAAAAUAUCAGAUCUAAGAUAAAAGAUUUCAAGGAAAAGAUUGGAGAGAUGAAGGAUGCUGGAAAUCCGGAAGCGAAAAUGUUGGUGCAGGAAUCGGAUGUCUCCAAGGAUUCAGAAAAUAUUGGGUCGGCAACUCGUGUCUUCAGUAGUAUAAAGUCGUUGUUGGAAUCUGAUGGAAUUGUGGUCGUGGAUCCGACUGUGAAGCCCAUAAUUGAAAAUUUCCUGAAUUCGGGACAGUUAGAUCCGACGGAAAAAAAGAAUCUUCAAGAGCUUCUAAAAUUGGAUGGGGAGCUCGUCAAGUUGACAACUUCACUCAAAACUCUGAGUCCAGUGAUUUCUAUGACAGAUGCCAACCUGUCUAGCUUUUCCCCAGUCUACAAUCUAGCUGGAAAUAUCAAUGGACUUCAAAAUGAUUUCUAUGGAAUGGCUGGAUCCGUGGACAAGUUGGCUCAGGGUAACCAGGAACUUCUGAAGGUCAAAAAGCAAUUGGAACUGUUGGACGCCAUUGGUCUGAACUUUGCCAAGCAUCACAAAGCCAUCACGGGAACCCAGAAGUCAUUGGAAGCGAUGGAUUUGUUUUUUGCGUCACUCAAGGCCAAGUUCACACCGAAUUCAACCACUCAACCACCAGAACCGAAAGCACCAAUGAGAGAUCCGACUGCGAGUAGGAGUGAUGAAGAUGAAAACGAGGAGAAAAGUGCAGACGAAGCGGCGAUGUAUCAAAAAACGCUCUACUACGUCUCAGGAGGAGUCGCUGCGUUUUUAGUGAUCGCCGCAGUUUCGACUUUUUUCGGAAUAAAAGAAUACAACAAAUAUUCGGAACUCCCUCAAUUCUCAAAAAUCCCAUUUGACACGUUCCGAAUCUACGUGAAAGACACACUCCUCCAGCCGGUCAUUCAUGCGAAGGAGACGAGGUCCAACUACAACGGGGCGUUCAACUUCAAAAUCUACUACACCCACGGUCUAUUCUCAAAAUACAAUCGAGAGCACUACACUGUAGACGUGUCUCCAUCGGUCACCAAUAUGGUCGGACACCAUCGACUGGUUGUGCCGGAUGGGCGGAUCAAGCCGGAGCCCCAGCCGCUGGGAAAGAACGAUCGAAUUGUGGUGAAGGAUGAGAAGAGGUUCCCGGUGAACUUCUAUCAUGGGAAUAUGUUGACGUGUCCGAAUAAGACAAAGAUUGCAAUGAUGCAGGCGCCAGUGGUGGCUACCAACAAAUUAGAACUCAAGGAGAACGUCGGGUUGUUCUUCCAAGCGGCACUCGAGCACAAAUCCGAGUUGAUCGUAUGUCUGGUACCGUUUGGAGGUGACGGAUGUGAUCGAUAUAUACCGGAGAACGCGGGCGACACUGAUGAGUUUAUGGAGGGACAGUUGAAGAUCACGUGUACCGACGUCACAACUGAAUGUGACGGGAAACUGGUGAUCCGAUCGUUGGAUGUGAAGUUUCAAGGCAAAAAAGUGUACCGUACGACACACGCUCAAGUCCUCGGCUGGAGAUCACAAAACAUUCCGACAUCAGUGGACGCCCAGGUUGAGAUAAUGCAUAUGAUGGAGAAAACCAACAAGCCGAUUUUUAUGCAUUGUAUGGACGGACUCGGUCAGACUGGUGCGAUGGCUUUAGCCUUCAUGUGCAAACAAGGACUCGUUGAGGAUGAGGGAAGACUUCAAUACGGUGAAAAUAUGAGAUUGAUUCGUGCGUCACGUGUCAACGCGGUCACUCUGCCGGAGCACACAUUGAGUGCUUUCUUGAUUAGUUACAAGUUUAUUCGCUCGGACAUCACCGAUGAAGAGAUUGCUGAUGUAAAAGAUUUACACGAUGACGUAGUGGGAAUCGAGGAGUUGAUCAAAAUGAUUCUCGAAGGAGUGCUCGAUGAGUAUGAUCUGGCCAACUGGGGACAAGUGAUCCAACCCGGUGAUAACCAACAAGUUCCCAAUAAGACUCCUGCCGCCGCCACUCCUGCUCCUCCAAUAAUUGAUCCCAAUUCGAAUCCCGUUCCGAAUGCCGACCUUCCACAAGUUUCCCAGCCGCCUCCACCGUAUCCAGUGGUAGUACCACCACCUGUCAUCAAAAAUAUGGACAAAAUCAAGAAGCUUCCCGCUCGCUACCAUAAAGUUGGCGAUCCGAGAAAAGUGCCCGGCAACUUUUUCAAGCCCAUCGAGCCAGAAUUCAAAAGAUUGAGAAAAGAACGAGACGAUGCUGAGAAAAUGUUGCCGCCGAGAAAAAGAGAGGAGAAGAGAAAGAGAAGAACGGAUUUGGGUGAUGAUCCGACACUUGCAGCCAAGAACGGAAAGAAAUGA